AUGAUAUUUCAUAAUCAGAAUCAGGGGUCACCGGCGCCGGAAAUUUUUUCACCGUCGUUGGAUUCCGGCGGGAAAUUGUCGACGGGAUUGAAUACUAAGGAAAGAAUUGACAAGGUAAGAAGUGUUGUCCGGAGAAAGGAACUCAGGAGAAUUAAGUCAUUAUAUCUAAAAAAUUCUGCCGGUGCUGACAGAGAUGUAUGUUUUAAGAAAAGGCUAAAAGGGAAUGAUUCUGAGCCAACGAAAAGUGAGGAAUUCAAUCAGUUACAAAAAAAGAGGCCAUGGAGGAAUGAUUGGGAUGGUGGAGACUUUGGUUCUCACGGUUCAAUAUCAGUUAUUGGGAGGCAGAGAGAAAUGGAGGAUGCGGUGGCGGCGGAGGUAGGGUUUUUAACCAAAGGUUGUAAAAGGUAUGAUUUUUUCGGAGUUUAUGACGGCCAUGGCGGAUCACGGGUGGCACAAGCUUGCCGCCACUGGUUGCACAAGUUGGUGGCGAAGAGAGUGGAGGAAGAAGGCGAAGAGAUUAAUUGGGAAGAGGUGAUGGUAGCGGUUUUUAAGGAAAUGGACGAGGAGGUUAAUAAGAAUGGGGCGGCAGUUGCCACGAUGGGGUCAACUGCGACUGUGGCAGUGGUGGGGGAAGAGGCGGUGGUGGUGGCGAAUUGUGGGGAUUCAAGGGCUGUGCUUUCACGUGGCGGAGUUGCCAUACCUUUAUCCAUUGAUCAUAAGCCUGGAAGAGCUGAUGAGUUGAAGAGAAUUGAAGACUGUGGAGGAAAUGUCAUUAAUUGGAACGGACAACGUGUCUUAGGAGUUCUUGCAACUUCAAGAUCCAUAGGAGAUUAUUACCUUAAACCAUUUGUGAUACCAGAACCUGAAGUAACUGUCACCAAUAGAACUGAAAUGGACGAGUUUAUGAUAAUAGCCAGUGAUGGUCUAUGGGAUGUAAUAUCCAAUGAUUUGGCAUGUCGGAUCGCAAGAAAGUUUUUAUAUGGCUACUUGGGGCCGAGAAAUUCUAGUCGAGCUACUCACGGAGAAGAAAUGAACAAGGAAAGUCGUGCUGCAAAGGCAGCGGCAGCUCUAGUGAAGUUGGUCAUGGCUCGGGGUAGCAGAGAUAACAUUAGCGUUAUUGUAGUUGACUUGAUGAGACCGGAACAAUAUUUGGUUCAAACUGGCAAAUGUUUUAGCUAG